GUAAUCAGCUAUGCCUAGGGUGAUCAUCAGAGGAGAACGGUAUGACAUUAACAAAUGGACCUUUCUCACUAUAUUUAUAACUAUAUUUUUGUUCUCGUUUGGAGGGAUCAUUCUUGAUUUUUUUGCAUCAACGUCUCUGGGAUUAAUGGUCUGGACGUUCAAAGAUUACUCUGAACUACCACCUACUGAAUUAGAAUACUUCGGCCCAGAACAACAAAUAUUUGGUGAUGAUGAAGAUGUUAAACCAUUUAAAAUAAAAAUUCCAGAAUCUCAAUUGAUUAUCCUCAAAGAAAAGUUAUCAAAUACAAGAGAAUUGAAUCCUCCAUUCAUGGGUGUCGGCUUUAAGUAUGGAUGUAAUUCUGAAUAUUUGAAGAGUUUUUUAGAAUUUUGGAAAACUAAAUACAACUGGAAAAACAGAGAGGAUUAUCUCAACUCAUUUCCUCAAUUCACAACCCAAAUCGCAGGGCUAAAUAUACAUUUCAUUCACUCGAAACCAAAUAAAGCAAAAGCAAGAGGUAAAGAAAUUUUGCCAAUGUUGUUAAUUCAUGGAUGGCCUGGCUCUUUAAGAGGACUGUAUAAUUUAAUACCUCUGUUGACCACUCCAAUGGAAUCUCAUAAUUUUGUAUUUGAAAUAAUUGCUCCUUCGGUCCCCGGUAAUGGAUUUUCAGAUGCUCCGCAAGUGCCUGGUCUUGAUGCUGCAAAGAUCGCUAUAAUAUUUGAUAAACUCAUGUUAAGGUUAGGAUUUAGAAAGUACUUCAUCCAUGCAGCGGAUACUGGAGCAUUAAUAGGUCAAUCCCAAGCAAUUUUAUUUCCACAACGAGUUUUAGGGUACCAUUCAAAUAUGUGUAUAUCAGUGUCAUGGUACUCAAUAAUUUAUAUGUACUUAGCAGUUCGAAUUCCUGCAGUUUUUCAAGAUCAUGGGAAAAGAGGCGUCAUUCCUAAAAACUUCUGGAUUCUUAAUGCGGAAAGUGGUUUCUUUCAUUUUAGCGCCAGAAAUCCUGACACUCUGGGGGUAAUGAUGAGUGAUUCUCCUGCCGGUCUAGCUGCGAACGUUCUCGACAAGUUUACAUCCUGGUCGAACUUCAACAGGAGGCUUAGCGAAGAUGGAGGUCUCAGAGCAUUCGAUAAAUAUGAUCUUCUCGAUAUCAUCACGAUACACUGGCUUACGAAUAGCGUCACAUCAUCACUACGAAUGUGGAAGGAAACAUUUAGAUUCUAUUCCUUUUUUAUGAAAAACGGAAUAAUGAUGAGGGAAGUAAAGGUUCCCUCAGGCUGCGUCUGGUUUAAAAACGAGGCGGCAUUCAUGCCAUUAUGGGUAUUAAAGCAAGUUUUUCCAAAAUUAGUGUCCCUCAACUACCUGCGUGAUGGUGGCCACUUCCCGGCCCUCGAGAAACCUCUUGAUCUCUCAGAUGAUAUUUGGGAAUUCGUCAAAAUAGCAAGAUUUGUAGCUGAAAGAGAUAAACGUCUCAAAACUGAAUUAUAAUAACUGUGUGUAUUGUAUUAUUGGUUAUUUAAAAAAAAAUCUGAAAUAAUUAUACUUUUAAUGAUUUUUUAAAAUAAAUGUUAUUUUUUU